UCUGAGUGAAGAGCAGAGUGCCUGCCUGGGAAUUUUCUGAAAGCACAUCAGCGGCCACUGCCAUGGCUGAACGCCGCGCAUUUGCCCAAAAAAUCAGCAGGACUGUGGCAGCAGAGGUCAGGAAGCAGAUAGCUGGGCAGUAUGGGGGCUCCCCGCAGCUCUUCAAAAACCUCAACGUUGGAACAACAUCUAGCAACACAGUUCCACUCACAGAAGCAGUGGAACCAGUGGACUUUGAGGAGUAUCUCAUCACACAUCCCCCCAUUGUUGAGUCCGGUCCCCUCAGAGAUCUGAUUGAGUUUCCCCCUGAUGACAUCGAGGUCACCUACACACCCAGGGAAUGUCGCACCGUUGUACCAGCUGUCCCUGAAGAAGGGGACACUGACACUCAUGUCAGAGAUUGUGUCAGAUCAUACACAGAAGACUGGGCCAUUGUUAACAGAAAAUAUCAUAAACUUGGCACAGGUUUUAACCCCAACACUCUGGACAAGCAAAAAGAGCGUCAGAAAGGUUUACCUAAGCAAGUGUUUGAAGCCGAUGAGAUGCCAGACAGCAGCAGCUAUCAGGAUGACCAGGAUGAUCUGAAGAGGCGAUCAAUGUCUAUAGAUGACACUCCGCGCGGCAGCUGGGCCUGCAGCAUCUUUGACUUGAAGAAUUCCCUCCCAGACGCUCUUCUUCCUCACCUCCUUGACCGUGCUCCCAACGAGGAGAUUGACCGGCACAAUGAAGACCAGCGCAAGAACAGCCGCCAUCGCGAACUCUUCGCUUUACAUCCCGCUCUCGAUGAGGAGGAGCCCAUUGAGCGCCAUUGUGUGCCUGAAGUGCCUAAAGAGCACUUUGGCCAAAGGCUACUCGUCAAAUGCUUGUCCUUGAAGUUUGAGAUCGAAAUUGAACCCAUAUUUGCUAGUUUGGCCUUAUAUGAUGUCAAGGAAAAGAGAAAGAUAUCUGAAAACUUUUUCUUCGACUUAAAUUCGGAGCAGAUGAAAGGAAUGUUGCGUCCGCACAUCCAGACGGCAGCCAUCUCCACUCUGGCACGCUCUGCCAUUUUCUCCAUCACCUAUCCUUCUCAGGAUAUCUUCCUGGUCAUCAAGCUAGAAAAGGUACUACAGCAAGGUGAUAUUGGAGAAUGUGCAGAGCCUUACAUGGUCUUCAAGGAAUCAGAUGCAGCCAAGAACAAGGAGAAGCUGGAGAAGCUCCGAAGUCAAUCAGAGCAAUUCUGUCAGCGUCUGGGUCGCUACAGGAUGCCUUUCGCAUGGACUGCCAUCCACCUGAUGAACAUUGUCAACAGCGCCGGCAGCCUGGAGAGAGAUACUGAAUUAGAGAUGAGCCUAUCAGAGAGAAAAGGCUCAUGGUCAGAACGGAGGAACUCGAGCAUCAUGGGAAGGCGUUCCCUGGAGAGGACCACCAGCGGAGAUGAAUCAUGUAGUCUGACAGGAUUUAGGCCUGCAACACUUACCAUUACUAACUUCUUUAAACAGGAAGGGGACAGGCUCAGUGAUGAAGAUUUGUUUAAGUUUCUGGCUGAUAUGAGGAGACCUUCCUCAGUCCUGAGAAGGCUCAGGCCCAUAACAGCCCAGUUAAAGUUGGACAUCUCUCCAGCUCCAGAGAACCCCCAUUAUUGCCUGACUCCUGACCUGACCCAGGUUAAACCUUACCCAGACAGCAGAGUGCGCCCCACCAGAGAGAUCCUGGAAUUUCCUGCUAGGGACGUCUAUGUGCCAAACACCACGUACAGAAAUCUGCUGUAUGUCAACCCUCAGAGUCUUAACUUUGCCAACCGACAGGGCUCUGCUCGCAACAUCACAGUCAAAGUGCAAUUUAUGAAUGGAGAGGAUCCAAGCAAUGCAAUGCCGGUCAUAUUUGGGAAGUCAAGUUGUGCAGAUUUUUAUAAAGAGGCCUACACUGCAGUUGUGUACCACAACAGAUCCCCUGACUUCCAUGAUGAGGUGAAGAUCAAGUUGCCUGCCUCCCUGUCAGACCACCACCACAUUCUCUUCACGUUUUACCAUGUCAGCUGCCAGCAGAAGCAGAACACGCCACUGGAGACCCCUGUGGGGUACACGUGGAUCCCAAUGUUACAGAAUGGCCGUCUGAGAACAGGACACUUCUGCCUGCCUGUAUCUCUUGAGAAGCCACCACAGUCCUACUCUGUUCUCUCUCCAGAUGUUCCCCUCCCAGGAAUGAAGUGGGUAGACAACCAUCGAGGAGUCUUUAAUGUGGAACUUGCGGCUGUUUCAACUAUCCACACGCAGGACCAGUACCUGGAUAAGUUUUUUGCCUUGGUGCAUGCCCUGGAUGAGCAUGUGUUUCCGGUCAGGAUUGGAGAUAUGCGCAUCAUGGAAAACAACCUUGAGACAGAGCUAAAAUCCAGCAUUGCAGCACUCAACUCGGCUCAGCUGGAGCCGGUGGUUCGAUUCCUUCACCUUCUUCUUGACAAAUUGGUGCUGCUUGUAGUUCGACCGCCAGUCAUCGCUGGACAAAUCGUGAAUCUAGGUCAAGCAUCCUUCGAGGUAAUGGCGUCUGUAGUGAACCGGCUUCACAAGUACCUGGACACCAGCCAGGACAUGCAUGGCCGCAACAGCCUACUGUCCUCUUACAUCCACUACGUCUUCCGCUUACCCAGCACAGAUCCUAACUCGCCAUCACCAGACAACAACUCAUCUUUAACAGGUCCUGGAGGGUUGGGCGGUUCGGUUCACUAUGCCACCAUGGCUCGCUCAGCUGUUCGACCAGCCAGCCUCAACCUCAGUCGCUCCCGUAGCUUGAGCAACAGUAACCCUGACAUAUCUGGUACGCCCACCUCUCCUGAUGAUGAAGUUCGCUCCAUAAUCGGAAGCAAGGGCUUAGACCGCUCCAACUCCUGGGUGCACACCAUGGGCUGUAGUGCCCCCUGGGGAUCCAGCCCUGGGUCCGCUCCAGAAACCAUGCAGGCCAUGGAGCGCUGUGGCAAUCGCAUGUCUUCGCACACUGAGAGCGCCAGUUUCUUGCAAACUUUAACAGGACGGUUACCCACUAAAAAGCUCUUUCAUGAGGAGUUGGCCCUGCAGUGGGUGGUGAGCAGUGGAAGUGUUCGGGAGGGGGCUCUGCAACAGGCCUGGUUUUUCUUUGAACUGAUGGUAAAGAGCAUCAUCCACCACCUUUACUUUACCGAGCGGUUGGAGUCGCCAAGGAAAAACCGAUUUCCCGAGCGCUUUAUGGAUGACAUCACAGCGCUGGUCAGCACCAUUGCUGGAGACAUUGUCUCUCGUUUCCAGAAGGAUCUGGAGUUGGUGGAGAGGAUAAACACUAGUCUGGCCUUCUUCCUCAAUGAUUUGCUGUCAGUCAUGGACCGAGGUUUUGUCUUCACAUUAAUCAAGACAUAUUGGAAACAGGUGUCGACAAAGCUCUAUGCUUUGCAGAACCCAACUCUGGAAUCUUUACGGCUGGAUUUUUUAAGAAUCGUUUGUAGUCAUGAACACUACGUUACCCUGAAUCUGCCCUGCAGUCUGCUAACCCCACCUGCCUCGCCUUCACCGUCAGUGUCCUCGGCAACCUCACAGAGCUCUGGGUUUUCCACUCACGUCCAAGACCAAAAGAUAGCCAACAUGUUUGAGCUUUCUAUCCCAUUCAGAGAGCAACAUUACCUGGCUGGGCUCGUGCUGUCUGAGCUUUCUGUUAUACUCGAUCCAGACAAUGAGGGAAUGUUUGGUCUCCAUAAGAAAGUGGUGAGCGUUGUUCACAACCUCCUGUCAAGCCAUGACUCUGACCCUCGUUAUGCUGACACAGAGGUCAAGGCUCGGGUCGCUAUGCUCUACCUACCUCUUAUUGGAAUUGUAAUGGAAACGCUGCCGCAGCUCCAUGAUUUCACAGAGUCGCACAAUCAGUGGGGUCGGCCUGGCUGUCCCCAAGGUAUGGCUGUGGGUAGUGGGGGAGAAGAAGCAGAAGGAGAGGGCAACAGUAUGAUCAGUCAGACUGUUGCCAUGGCAAUAGCCGGUACCUCAACCGCAUCUCCAAUGUCCCGACCAAGUAGCUUUUUGCUGAACUCACAGACGGGUCGCCAGCAUGGGAGCUUCUCGGCCGAGUCGAGCCGCAGUCUGCUGAUCUGUCUGCUCUGGGUUUUGAAGAACGCCGACGAGCUGGUGCUGCAGAAAUGGUUUACAGACCUGUCUGUGUCUCAGCUCAACCGCCUGCUGGAUCUCCUCUACCUCUGCGUGUCUUGCUUUGAGUACAAGGCCCAUGUUGUGUUCACCAUGCAGGGAAAGAAGGCAUUCGAGCGCAUGAACAGUUUAACGUUUAAGAAGUCCAAAGACAUGAAGGCCAAGUUGGAGGAAGCCAUACUUGGCAGCAUCGGCGCCAGGCAGGAAAUGGUGCGCCGCAGCCGCGGACAGCUAGAGCGGAGUCCAUCUGGCAGUGCUUUUGGCAGUCAAGAAAACCUCCGGUGGAGGAAGGACAUGACCCACUGGAGACAAAACAGUGAAAGGAUGGACAAGAGUCACAGAUCAGUCAGGACGCGAGCGGAGUUGGAGCAUGAAGCACUUAUAGAUGGGAACCUAGCAACAGAGGCCAACUUAAUUAUUCUUGAUACUCUGGAGAUUGUUGUACAGACGGCAUCAGUGACUGAAUCUAAGGAGAGCAUUCUGGGUGGGGUGUUAAAGGUGCUGCUUCACAGCAUGGCUUGCAACCAGAGCGCCCUCUACCUUCAGCACUGUUUUGCCACACAAAGAGCUCUGGUUUCCAAGUUUCCAGAGCUGCUGUUUGAGGAGGAAACAGAGCAGUGUGCGGAUCUGUGUCUGCGACUCCUGAGAAGCUGCAGCAGUAGCAUCAGUACCAUCAGAUCCCACGCCAGCGCUUCCCUUUACCUCCUCAUGAGGCAAAACUUUGAGAUUGGAAACAACUUUGCAAGAGUGAAAAUGCAGGUGACCAUGUCUCUGUCCUCGCUGGUCGGAACGUCUCAGAAUUUUAAUGAAGAGUUUCUCCGUCGUUCGUUGAAAACAAUCCUCACCUACGCAGAGGAAGACCUAGAACUCAGAGAGACCACCUUUCCAGAUCAGGUCCAAGACCUUGUGUUUAAUCUGCACAUGAUCCUGUCUGACACAGUGAAGAUGAAGGAACACCAAGAAGAUCCUGAGAUGUUGGUAGAUCUCAUGUACAGGAUUGCGAAGGGAUACCAGACAUCCCCAGACCUGCGUCUGACAUGGCUGCAGAACAUGGCAGGAAAACACUCUGAAAGGAGCAAUCACGCCGAGGCGGCGCAGUGUUUGGUGCACAGCGCUGCCCUCGUUGCAGAAUACCUGAGCAUGUUGGAGGACCGCAAGUACCUUCCUGUAGGCUGCGUCACCUUUCAGAACAUUUCUUCAAAUGUGCUGGAGGAAUCGGCUGUCUCUGACGAUGUCGUGUCACCAGAUGAAGAGGGUAUCUGCUCUGGGAAAUAUUUCACUGAAAUCGGUCUUGUGGGCCUCUUGGAGCAGGCCGCUGCCUCCUUCUCCAUGGCCGGGAUGUAUGAGGCAGUGAAUGAAGUAUACAAGGUGCUAAUCCCAAUCCACGAAGCCAACAGAGACGCGAAAAAGCUAGCCACCAUCCAUGGUAAACUACAGGAAGCCUUUAGCAAAAUUGUCCAUCAGAGUACUGGCUGGGAGAGGAUGUUUGGAACGUACUUCAGAGUGGGAUUUUAUGGUUCAAAGUUUGGCGACUUGGAUGAGCAGGAGUUUGUGUAUAAAGAGCCGGCCAUCACAAAAUUGGCCGAAAUCUCCCACAGGCUCGAGAGCUUCUAUGGGGAGCGCUUCGGGGAGGAGCAGGUAGAAGUCAUUAAGGACUCCAACCCUGUAGAUAAGUGCAAACUUGACCCCAAUAAGGCCUUCAUCCAGAUCACGUACGUGGAGCCGUACUUCGACACUUACGAGAUGAAAGACCGCAUUACCUACUUUGACAAGAACUACAACUUGAGGCGCUUUGUGUACUGCACUCCUUUCACCUUGGACGGCCGGGCCCACGGGGACCUGCACGAGCAAUUCAAACGCAAGACCAUCCUUACCACAUCACACGCCUUUCCUUACAUCAAGACCAGGAUCAACAUCAUUCACAAGGAAGAGAUUAUUUCCACGCCCAUAGAGGUGGCAAUAGAGGAUAUGCAGAAGAAGACGCAGGAGCUGGCUUUUGCCACCCACCAGGACCCGGCUGACGCCAAAAUGCUGCAGAUGGUCUUGCAGGGAUCUGUGGGCACAACGGUAAACCAGGGUCCGUUGGAAGUGGCUCAGGUGUUCCUGUCAGAAAUCCCAAAUGACCCAAAACUGUAUCGACACCACAACAAGCUCCGUCUAUGCUUUAAAGACUUCACAAAGAGGUGCGAAGACGCCCUCAGGAAGAACAAGAGCCUGAUUGGACCGGACCAGAAAGAGUACCAGAGGGAGCUGGAGCGAAACUACCACAGACUGAAGGAGGCGCUCCAGCCCCUCAUCAACAGGAAGAUCCCGCAGCUUUACAAACCCGUCCUGCAGGUCAACUCGCACAGCAAACGGACAGCUUGAUAAGAGAUUCCUUCAGCAGACUGAGUCUUCGCAAGCUUGACAUUUGAAGAUAGAUUGCACUCAGUCACCGACACAAAGACGACAAAAAUUUGCAAUAUUAAUUUAUUUUGAAGUGUAAAUAGGAGUGUUUGUUACAAGUGAAGGAACUCGGUACGUCAUUCCAGUGUCUUAAUUUGUUUCUAGACAAACGGUCACACAGUCUGCAAAGUGAAUAAGGAAGUUGCUGUUUGUUGCUGAGGGGAUGUUUUUUUCCCUCAGCUAUCUUAAGAAACCCACACAUUUAAACACUUGAUACCAACAGAACCUUCAAGCUAUAAACCAGUGAAUACGAAGAGUGCUCUGAGCCCCGGAUAAGUGCCAAACUCCCUGCUCCCCUUUUUACAGCCAACCUUUUUACAAGCCUCCACAGAAAAAGGUACCACUUUAAAAGUUAAGGUGUUUAUUUAAAUAUUCUGUACGAUGUGUCAAAGAAUAAUGUAUUCAAUUUCAUUUGUGCACUUUUUUUUUAUUAUAGCGUAGCAAUGCAUUAUGACUUGAAAGUUUAUGUAUUGGAGGGAAGAGAGGAAGAAAAAAAAUGAAAACUUGGAAAAAGUUGUACCAGUAUUUAUCAUGAUGCUUUAUUAUUUUAUGUUGAAGCAACAACAUUUUAAAAUUAGGUACUUAAAACAUUCUUGUAUAAUUUUAUGUAGUUUUGUUUUACUUUUAAUAUUUUACUAAAUAAAUAUUUUAAUGUUCA